AUGGCAGCAUCCACGCUAACGGACACCUUGCUCGACUCUUCCCUCCCCAUCGUUUCCGACUCUGGCGCGCUCGCAUCCGUCGCCAACCGCAGCCAGCCGCGCCCUCCAACCCUCCAACCGGCGGCGUUGACUGGACCUGGCACGAGCGCGGUGUGUGCUCUCCACGGCCCGGACACAACCAUCCAAGUCCAAGGAAGCAGGUGGAAACCGAUUGCAUGUGUUGUCCUUGUGGAGCUCUUUAAAACAGGAAAUAUACUGUUAGGCAAGGUAGUAGUUGAUGGGGGCAUGUUUGUAUUCUCAUUGUUGUGUUAUAGAAGCAUUCUAGGUGCCUUUUUCAUCUUGCCAUUUGCCCUACUCCUCGAAAGUGGGAAGUGGAAAGAAUUGGAUAAGCAUGCUCUUGGGUGGCUCUUUGUCAAUGCUUUUGUCGGAUACUCGUUGCCUAUGGCCUUGUACUACAAUGGGCUACAUGACACAACCGCCUCCUAUGGUGUGAUAUUCUCAAGUUUGACUCCACUCUUCACUUUUGUCCUGUCAAUAUUCCUUGGCAUGGAGAACUUGCACCUCAAAUCCAAGGAGGGCAGUGCGAAGGUGGUUGGUGCAUUGGUAUGCUUUGGAGGGGCUUUGUUGAUUAGCUUGUACAAUGGAAAGGAACUGCAUCUCUGGUCCCCAGUUAUAGAAGGUAUCACCAAGAGUUCCAAUGGAGUAGUCGGAGGACACCACCAUUUGAGGGGUACCUUGCUUUUGUUGGGUGAAUGCAUAUGCUAUGCAUUUUCAUACCCUGUACUGGUAAAGGUUUUAAAGGUGUACCCAUGGAAACAUUGGUCAUCAGUGUUGACAUGUGUUCUAGGAGGUCUCCAAACAUGUGCCAUAGGAAUAAUUAUGAGAAGGGACAAACUUGCUUGGCAAGUGGGAUGGAACAUUCAACUAUUAACAAUUGUCUACUCGGCUACACUUGGCACAGCAGCCAAGUAUUGGUUAAAUCUCUAUGCCGUGGAAAAGCGAGGCCCCGUUUUCCCACCAAUGUUCAACACCUUAUCAGUUGUCUUCACCAUGGUUCUCGGAGCAUUAUUACUAGGAGAAAGCCUCACGGUUGGGAGCUUGCUGGGUAGUGCAGUGGUUUUUAGUGGUUUGUAUAUGUAUCUCUAUGGAAAGGCCAAAGAACUACACGUGAAGACGACAUCAGGUUCAAGCAAUGAAAAGCUUCAAGUGCAACCUACACAACUCAAAGUGUGA